AUGGGUAUUGACUUCACAGUCUUCAAGGGAUCUAAGUCUGGGGGUAUCGUCGAGGCCAAGGGUCACCGUGAAGUAGGCCCGACACAAGCUCUGGUCGCGCUGUCGCACUGUGGUGUUUGUGGUACUGAUUCUCAUUACCGACAUGUUGAUCAGGGAUUGGGUCAUGAAGGUGUUGGUGCUAUCAAGGAGAUUGGAAGUCUGGUUGAGAAGCUAUCAGACCCGAGGAUCGGUGAUCGUGUUGGAAUGGGAUGGCUCCAAAGAACGUGUGGCUAUUGUAAAUUUUGCUUGACUGGUGAGUGA